AUGGCCAGCGAUCGCGCGCGGCUCCUGACGCGGUACGUGCGGCCCAUCUACGACGCCAUCGACAGUCGACAGUACAAGACCGCGAUCAAGCUGUGCACGCAGAAGCGCGUGGCGGAUCUGGACAUUGUGCAGGUGCUGAAAGCGCACUGUCUCGAGCGCACGGGGCGCGUGGACGAGGCGCUGCUUAUCUGCCGCCGGCUCCAGCGCACGCAGCCGACAGACGAGACGCUGCUGAACACGAUGAACCUGGUGUUCAAACUGGCUGGCCGCGAGCACGAGAUGCUGCCGACGUUCGAGCACGCGUGCGCUGUCAGCCGUCCGCCCCAGGAAGAGCUCUUCCAGUCGCUGUUUGUGAGCUACGUGCGACGCGGCACGUUCCUCAAGCAGCAGCAGACGGCGCUUAAGAUGUUCAAGUGCUUUGGCAAUAGCAAGUACGUGUGCUGGGCGGCAUUGGGCAUGAUGUUGCAGGUGGAACACGAAGGCGCGUCGACGCAGAUGUUGGCGCUGGCCGAAAAGAUGCUGCUCAAGACGUUGAAAGAGUCCAGGUCGGACGAUGGCGAAGCGCUGCAGCUGACGGUGCUGGUUAUGCAGCUGCAGGAAAAGCAUCAGGGUGCACUGGAUGCUUUUGACGAGUUUGUGACGAUGGAAGACAGUAAGGAUGUGAUGACGACAAAGAAGCAGCAGCAGCAGAUGAAACAAUCAAUCACGUUGAAACGAGCGGCCGAGGGAGAAGGAGCGUAUGAAGAGGAAAUUGAACUGGGACCCAUGCAGGCUAUUGAUAGGCUGUCUCUCGAAGCGACGCUAGCGAAGAAUGUGGCAAACUGGACCCGAUGUGCAGCAGCAAAUCGAGAGUUGCUGGAAAAGUACAAUGCAGAUGAUUGGACGUUUUUAAAGGGGUACAUUGAAGCACGAUUCGAAGAGAAGGGGGGUUGUACGGCUGACGAAAUGCUGGCAUCAGAAGCAGAACUCAGGAAGUUUUUGAACGAGCUGCAGUCUCGUCCCGACAACGAGCGCAUUCGAGGCCCUGCUCUCGCUCUGAUUCAUGUUUGUGCUGAAACCUUGCGUCGACUGAAACCGAAAGACGUGACGGUGUUGGAGGUAGAAACGAAGCUGCAUGCGCAUAUCGUAACCUACGUGGAUCGGUUUUACUCCAAAGCGUGUUGCUUCACUGACUUGAAGCAGUACUUUGUACUCUACCUCAUGGAGUGCACGUCGCUAUCCGCGAAGUCUAAUCUAGUCCAGCACUUUAGUGAGUUGUCGAAGGUUUCCGCAGGUUUGCUCAAGAAUAAACCGAUAGACGGUGACAUCGAUGAGAAGACUCGCAAAGACGGGCAAAGUAACCUGAGUAGACGCCUGCUUGCUCUUAAGGCACUUCGCUUCUUGGGCUACUAUGCCACUCCUGAGAACUUCUCGGUUGACGACUUGAAUCGUUUGGUACAGGAGCUUGCGGAUGAGUAUGAAGCUACGAACUGGCUUAAUAUUGGUAGCGCAGGUGGCCAGCGCGAGGUGCAGCUUACGGAUGACUUGCUACUGCUUGCCACGCACUUUUUGCUUGACAUUUAUCAGCGAUCCAGCGGCCAUCGCGAGUACUUGAAGCGUGCCGCAGGACUGCUGGAAUAUGGGCUCGAGAGGAGCGCGUACAACUUCCAAAUGAAGCUCCUGCUGUCCCGUGUGUACGGAUACUUGGGUGCUGCGGAUGCUAUGCUGAAGCGCCACGCAGAGCUGGAUGUAAAGUACGUGCAACUGGACUCGCUGUCGUUUUUGGUGCUGGACAAAAUGCUUGACCUUUGCCAGUAUCCAGAAGCACAGAAGCUGACGAAUACAAUUGCAGCCCUGCACCGUAGUACCGUGCACGAUACACCUGAGUACAUUGUCCGCGCUUAUCGGCUCGGUGUCUACUCCAAGGUGGUUGACAUGUCUUCGUUUCUGCACAAGCGAAUGAAGAAGUCCCACACGUUAGCCAUAAGCAAAGGAGAGACGCUGCGCUUCAAGUUGCUCGACUCGUUGACUGCUGGCCCCGCAAAACUGCACGAGCUUGUAACAUCGCUCGAUUUUUGUGCACAGGUCACUGAGUUGGAGACCAUGCUAGCGUCAGAUGGAGCCAUGCUGUCACACAAUCAGCACCGAGAGGUUGUUGUAGAUUGGACUUCGCAGCAGCAAGUCCCGACCGGCGACUUGUUUGGCCGAGACGACGCGCCUCUUGUCGAAUGUGAUCGGUCAGCGAACGCAGGCACGUCACUGUUGUGGCUCAAGCUCAGCGUGCUGGUUCCGAAACUGCUCAAGUGUCUUGCCGACGAUGACCGUUCUUCCACUCUGUCCGCUGUGAUGAGCGAGUAUGAUAAAGUCAUGGCCCAGCUGCACCUUAGCAGUUCUACCGGUGAGCUUCAGCUUCACGAGCGACUAUGGCGAUGGAGCUCGGACAGCAUUGCGACAUCAGUCCAGCUAAUGGAUUCAGUGGUGGACGACCGAAGCAAAGGCGGAGAAGCAGAGGAUCUCCCAGCAAGAAUGGCGCAGCUUGGAGAGGACUUUGCAACGAUUGUGGAGCUGCUUGGUGCAACGCUCGUGUUUACGAGCGGAGACUCGUCGGACAAGGAGGUGGCACUGUCACCUUAUGCUGUAUCGGUGCUGUCGUCACUGCUGCUGCACUCUGGUCUCUCCUCGCUAAGUGCGCUAACUCUCGCACAGCGUGGUCUAGUGAAGAAGAAGGCCAAGAAAAGCUCGCGAGUAGCCGCAGCUACGUCUUCACUGCGGAGUCUGUUCAAGCGCAUGCACGAGGCUCUGGCGGAAUUAGAGACGUCUAUUGACAAGCUUCAGUUUACAUGGCAGGAGUUGUCAAAGACGUCAACUUUGCCAAAAGACGCGGCUCUGACGAAAGCGCAUACAAACGUGGUGCGGUCGUACCAGUUACUUCAGACGAGGUUGGUCGAGCUGCUGAGGGAGCGCUGCUCUUGUAUUCACGCCCUGUUGCAGAAGUAG